CAUGAUCUCCAGGUUAAGUAGGGUCCUGAGUACUUCUGUCCAGCUGUCGCCAUGGAGAAGCACAAGACACAUGGCAUCUCUACGGGUGUGAGAACCCCAAGUGGAGCACAGGGGUAACAACCUAAAGACUAUCAAUGACUUGCCUGGACCCAGCCAACUGGAGUUGAUCUACUGGGUGUUUCUGAGAGGUUACCUGUUUCACAUGCACGACCUAGAGGUACAGCUUAAAAAGAAGUACGGACCAAUAUGGGUUUCUACCUUGGCGCAGUAUCGCAUGGUCAAUAUUGCUGGCCCUGACAUCUUGGAGAAUCUUUUGAAACAAGAAGGCAAGUACCCAAUGAGGGCCCCCAUGGACCAAUGGAAGGGACAUCGAGACCUUAGGGGACAUUCCUACGGGCCGCUGACUGCACAGGGCCAUCAAUGGCAAACCCUGCGCUCAGUGCUUAACCAGAAGAUGCUGAAACCAACCGAUGCUGCGCGCUAUAUUGACACACUGAACGAGGUGGUCCCAGAACUGCUGGACAAGAUCAAAAAGCUGAGAGCAGAGAGUCAGACGGGACUGGUGGUGAAAAAUGUGGCCGAGCUGAUGUAUAAGUUUGCCUUUGAAAGCAUCUGCGGGGUAAUAUUUGAGACCCGGCUAGGGUGUCUGAGAAGUGAGGUUGCAGAUGACACCCAGAAAUUCAUCUACUCAGUUGGAUUCAUGUUGGAGAACGAGGUGGUGAUUGAUCGGCUGCCUCUUUGGACCAGAAAUUGGCUUCCUUACUGGGGACGUUUUCUAGAGGCCUGGGACACCAUUUUUGCUUAUGGGAAGAAACUGAUUGACAAGAAAAUGGAAGACAUUGAAAGACGCCUCCAAAGAGGAGAAGAUUUAGGAGGAGCCUAUCUGACUCACCUGCUGACCAAUGGAACGCUGAGCCUAAAGGAGGUGUAUGGGAUAAUGCCGGAGCUCCUUCAAGCUGGGGUGGACACGACAUCAAAUACCCUAUCAUGGGGCCUGUACCUGCUGGCAAAGCACCCCGAGGUCCAGAAGACUCUCUAUGAGGAGGUGGUGAGUGUUAUCCCUGGAGACAAAGUUCCCUCCCAUGAGGAUCUUGCUAGAAUGCCGCUGCUGAAAGCCGUCAUUAAGGAAACCCUCAGGAUGUAUCCAGUGGUUCCACUAAAUGGACGGAUUACAACAGAUAAGGAAGUUGUGCUAGAAGGAUACGUUUUCCCUAAAGAUACCCUGUUCAUACUCUCUCACUAUGUGCUGUCCCGUGAUGAAAACAGCUUUUCUGAACCCGACAGAUUCCUACCCCAGAGGUGGCUGCGCAGCUUUGGGAGAAAGCACCACCCUUUUAGCUCUAUCCCCUUUGGGCAUGGGGUCAGAGGGUGCCUGGGGCGUCGUGUAGCCGAGCUGGAGAUGCAUUUAGCUCUGUCACAGAUUAUUAGGCAAUUCGAGGUGCUGCCAGACCCAAAGAUGAAAGAGGUUAAGACAAAGAAUCGAGUGGUUCUCGUGUCAGACAUUCCAAUUGACCUGCAGUUCAUCGAUCGACAUUAA